AAGAGCUGUACAGCUGUUCAGAGACGCAGCACUAAGACGGUGUGAUAGAAUGAAGCCCCUGUCCUUAACCCUCAACAUGCUGGGGACUGUUGAGGAGAGGCACCGCUCCAUCAUUAAAUUUUACAAAACACCGGACUUGGAGUGGGCAAGUGACUUCAUCUGCCACUUGGAGGGAGACAAAGCCAUAGGGGAGGGGGUGAAAAGGCAUGUGUUGACAACCAUAAUGGAGGCCCUCCAGACUGGCUUCUCUAGGGAGGAAGGCACAAGUAAGCUGCUGCUGUUUGAGGGAGAGGAGGACCACCGGACUCCCACCUGUAGAUUCGACCUCAUUGAAGAUGGUCUCUUCAUCAUAGCAGGAAGAAUUAUGGGGCACAGCUUUCUACAUGGGGGUCCAUCUUUCACUGGACUAAGUCCUGCUAUAAUUCAUGUGAUCCUGGGGGGCGAUCCAAAAACGGCACCUAUCUCUGUGGCUGAUUGUGUUGACACUGAAGUCCGGGAGGUUCUGGAGCUGCUUGAAGGGAAUGCCAUCUUAACCGAGGCCCAGAGGGAGAGGGUGAAUAAAAUCUGUCUGUACUGGGAUCUGCCUGCGGUGAACAGAGAAAAUAGGAAAUGGCUCUACGAAAAGAUUUUCCUUCAUGCCGUCCUUGGGAGGACAGCAAAACAAGUGGAGCAACUGCAGAAAGGACUAACGGACAGUGGAGUUUAUUAUCUGCUCAGUAAACGUCCAGACACUGCAGCCAUCUUGUUUCCCAGGACGUCUGAAAGAGAAAUUACACCGCAGAUGAUUUUGGACCACAUCACUUGGCCUGCAGAAGUGGCACAUGGUGUUUCAUUAGCCUGGUGA